GAGCAGGCAGUACAGAUAACCACUGAAGUACAUGGCUGCUUGUGUUCGGGAGUGCCGUUGAUUAAACUGAGUUGCGACGGGAUUUUACGGAAAGUUUGGAUCUAUCGUUUCAUUUGGAUUGCUCUUGAGAGGAUACACUUGACGCAAGGGUAGUUUUUUUAUCAAUUAAAAACGCAUAAGGCUUAUAUAGAACUGUUCUAGCGUUGGUUAAUAUUUACAUAACCUUGUCACCACGGUUGACAUACUUUCGAAGGCUGACGUUACAGCCGUGUUUGGCAGAACCAUUUAAUAUUUUGGUCUGAGAGAGCUAAAAACGAUUCAACUUUAGGUCAGGGUGUUAAAAGUUAUUUGUUGUUGUAACCAUCUAUAUAAAUAGGGUUUUUGAUAUCAUAUUCUUUCCAUUCAGAAAAACAUGUUAUACAACAGGGAAGCGCUGACUGAGUAAGCGUGGUCUUAACGCCGGUCAGAUUACUGCCUCACGCGCGUGUAGUUUACUCUUGGCCAAAUGGUUCAGUUGCGGUCAUUGUCAAGAUUCUUUGACAUAAUGGAAAAGGUUUUAUUGGAGCAAGGUUAAAUUACAUUGCUGUAACGUAUUUACAACAAAGCGUAGUAUAAGUCUUACGAAGUUGAUAGCUAGUUAGUUUGCUAAACGCGUUCCCUCAAUUUGGGAUUUGCCAUUUUAGAUCACUGGGUCAUUGCUACUUCAGAGCGGUAUUUCAGGGCGACAGAGACAUUUAAAACAUACAAAGCAUCCUAAGGGACUGGUUCAGUGGAGUAAUGGUCGUAAAUACGAUCCACUGGUUCAGGAAGGGCUUGCGGCUCCACGAUAAUCCUUCACUCAGGGAAUCAAUUCAAGGAGCGGACUCCGUCCGCUGUGUGUACAUUCUCGACCCGUGGUUUGCUGGAUCAUCCAACGUUGGCAUCAGCAGGUGGAGGUUCUUGCUUCAGUGUCUUGAGGACCUUGAUGCCAGCCUGCGCAAACUCAACUCUCGGCUGUUCGUGAUCCGGGGCCAGCCCACCGAUGUCUUCCCCAGGCUCUUCAAGGAGUGGAACAUCUCUCGCCUGUCCUAUGAGUACGACUCCGAGCCGUUUGGGAAGGAGCGCGAUGCCGCCAUUAAGAAGCUGGCCAGUGAGGCCGGCGUGGAGGUGAUCGUGAGAAUCUCCCACACGCUCUAUGACCUGGACAAGAUCAUAGAGCUCAACGGCGGUCAGUCUCCGCUGACCUACAAGCGCUUCCAGACGCUGAUCAGCCGCAUGGAGCCGGUGGAGAUGCCUGCAGAGGUCAUCACGGCCGACGUCAUGGGGAGCUGCACCACGCCCAUAUCAGACGACCACGAUGACAAGUUUGGGGUGCCUUCUCUGGAGGAGCUGGGCUUCGACACAGAGGGCCUCCCCUCAGCCGUAUGGCCAGGAGGCGAGACCGAAGCGCUCACUCGUCUGGAGAGACAUUUGGAGAGGAAGGCGUGGGUGGCCAACUUUGAGCGUCCCCGGAUGAACGCCAACUCGCUGCUGGCCAGUCCGACGGGCCUCAGCCCGUAUCUCCGCUUCGGCUGCCUCUCCUGCCGCCUGUUCUACUUCAAACUCACCGACCUGUUCCGGAAGGUGAAGAAGAACAGUUCUCCGCCCCUCUCCCUCUACGGCCAGCUGCUGUGGCGCGAGUUCUUCUACACGGCCGCCACCAACAACCCGCGCUUCGACAAGAUGGAGGGCAACCCCAUCUGCGUGCAGAUCCCCUGGGACAGGAACGCCGAGGCGCUGGCCAAGUGGGCCGAGGGCCGCACGGGCUUCCCCUGGAUCGACGCCAUCAUGACCCAGCUGCGGCAGGAGGGCUGGAUCCACCACCUGGCCCGGCACGCCGUGGCCUGCUUCCUGACCAGAGGAGACCUGUGGAUCAGCUGGGAGGAGGGCAUGAAGGUGUUUGAGGAGCUGCUGCUGGACGCCGACUGGAGCGUGAACGCGGGCAGCUGGAUGUGGCUCUCCUGCAGCUCCUUCUUCCAGCAGUUCUUCCACUGCUACUGCCCCGUGGGCUUCGGCCGCCGCACCGACCCCAACGGAGACUACAUCAGGCGCUACCUGCCCAUCCUGAGGGGUUUCCCAGCCAAGUACAUCUACGACCCCUGGAACGCUCCGGAGAGCGUGCAGAAGGCGGCCAAGUGCAUGAUCGGGGUGCACUACCCCAAGCCCAUGGUGCACCACGCCGAGGCCAGUCGCCUCAACAUCGAGCGCAUGAAGCAGAUCUACCAGCAGCUCUCCUGCUACAGAGGACUCGGCCUGCUAGCCACGGUGCCGUCCAACACCAAUGGAAAUGGUGAGGCCUCCAAUGGCAUCAUGGGAUUCCCCAGUGCAGACAACACACAGGAAGCUCUAACCGCCACCUCUUCAGGGUAUCAGAUGCCCAUGGCAUCCCAGGGAGAGUGGCACAGUGGGGUGAUGGCAUACCCACAGAUCGACCCCAAAACACAGCGAUCAGGUUAUGUUGGCAACGGCAACAGUGUAGCCUGUUACAGGCAGGAGGCCCAGCAGAUGCCUGGCCCCUCAGUGCUGCAAGGUCGUGGGCUGCACCCCACCAGCACCCUGCCCUCUGGGAAGCGCCACAGCGAGGAUUUGUCUCCCAGCAUGGGCUCCAAGGUGCAGCGGCAGAGCACCACCUAGUCAGGAAUACGGAUGACUUCAAGGCAGCAUCACAAACACUUACAACGACUUCUCAAAAAACAUACGGGAACAGAUCUAUGCGCAGCCAAAUCCAGACGCUGUCAUUCAUACAUGACAAGAAAACCCGGAGACCAAAAACGCUGUUCUUUCAUUUUUAUCCUGUUACAUGUCCGUGAAAAGAGAGACCGAAGACAACACUGAUUUGACCAAACACAUGUUGGUCGGUUUUUUUGUUUUGUUUUUUCCUUCCCGUAAGCACAUCCACGUCUCGAAGUCUAAAACUGUAAUAUAGUCACUUGGACUACACUACCCCCAAGCGGGCGGCGACGUUCUCACAACCCUGCAGCGAACCACUGCCCUGUGGUCUCAUCUUGCCACCGCCGGCCACCUGAAGUGCCUGAGGCACUCGGAUGGACUUGGGUGGCAGACCUUUUGUGUAUAUAAGGAUUUGAUGAGUUCAACUCACAUACAACCUGUACAUAUUUGAUAUUGUAUGUGUUCUCUCUCUAUCUACUUUUGUCUGGUCAUAGGCCCAGUGAUAUAUUUUUGAUAUAAAGAAUCCUUGUGAGAUUAAUUUUACUCUGUUCUUUAUGGAAAAGUACAAAUAAAAGUAAAAAAAGGAAAAAAAAA